AUGGGAAACCCAGAAAACAUUGGAGAUGCAUAUGUUGCUGUGAUUCGUCCAAAAAAUACUGCUAGCCUGAAUUCUCGGGAAUAUCGAGCUAAAUCCUAUGAAAUUUUGUUGCUUGAAGUUCCCAUUGAAGGCCAAAAGAAAAAAAGAAAGAAAGUUUUAUUGGAAACUAAACUGCAGGGAGGCACCGAGAUAACCCAGAGCAUCUUGGAUUAUGUAUUAGAAGCCACCAAACCAAUUUCACCAGCCAAUCAAGGUAUUAAAGGAAAGCGCGUAGUGUUAAUGAAGAAGUUUCCUCUUGAUGGAGAGAAGGCAGGCCAGGAGGCAUCGCUUUACAUUGUUCCAACUGUUGUGAAAGAUAAUACGAAAUAUGCAUACAGUCCUGGAUGCCCUGUGUUCUACUGUUUACAAGACAUCAUGAGAGUCUGCAGUGAAUCCAGCACCCAUUUUGCUACGCUUACUGCAAGAAUGUUAAUUGCCUUGGAUAAGUGGUUGGAUGAACGGCACACCCAGUCUCACUCCAUCCCAGCUUUAUUCAGACCAUCUCCUCUUGAGAGAAUUAAAACAAAUGUAAUCAACCCUGCUUAUGCUAUAGAACCUGGUCAGACAGAGAGCUCGUUACACAUGGGUUAUACUGCCCUGGAAAUAAAGAGUAAAAUGCUGGCAUUGGAGAAAGCAGAUAUGUGUAUCUAUAAUCCCUUGUUUGGGUCUGACCUUCAGUAUACCAAUAGGGUUGACAAAGUGGUAAUAAAUCCAUACUUUGGCCUUGGAGCGCCAGACUAUUCAAAGAUUCAGAUUCCUAAAAGAGAAAAGUGGCAACGUAGCAUGAGCAGUGUCACAGAGGACAAGGAACACCAGUGGGUAGAUGAUUUCCCUCUUCACCGCAGUGCUUGUGAAGGCGACUCUGAUUUACUAAGCCACCUUCUGGAUAAAAAGUUUUCUGUUAAUCAGUUAGAUAGUGAUCACUGGGCACCUAUCCAUUAUGCAUGCUGGUAUGGAAAAGUUGAAGCCACUCGUAUGCUGUUGGAGAAAGGCAAAUGCAAUCCAAAUCUUUUGAACGGCCAACUUAGCUCUCCUCUUCAUUUUGCUGCUGGAGGUGGGCAUGCUGAAAUAGUACAAAUUCUAUUAAAUCAUCCAGAAAUUGACAGACACAUUACUGAUCAACAAGGAAGAUCUCCACUGAAUGUCUGUGAAGAGAACAAACAAAAUGAGUGGGAAGAAGCUGCAAAACUGCUGAAGGAAGCCAUAAAUAAACCUUAUGAAAAGGCACGAAUUUAUCGUAUGGAUGGGUCAUACCGCUCUGUCGAGUUGAAACACGGAAACAAUACUACUGUACAGCAGAUAAUGGAGGGGAUGCGUUUGUCUCAAGAAACUCAGCAGUACUUCACUAUCUGGAUCUGUUCUGAGAACCUCAGCCUCCAACUGAAGCCGUACCACAAGCCUUUGCAGCAUAUUCGGGACUGGCCUGAAAUAUUCACUGAACUGACAAACUUGGAUCCUCAAAGGGAAACUUCACAGCUUUUCCUGAGAAGAGAUGUGAGACUUCCACUGGAAAUUGAAAAAAAGAUUGAGGAUCCGUUGGCUAUUCUUAUCCUUUUUGAUGAAGCCAGAUAUAAUUUACUGAAAGGUUUCUAUACAUCACCUGAUGCCAAGCUGAUCACACUGGCAAGUCUGCUUCUACAAAUAGUCUAUGGAAAUUAUGAGAGCAAGAAACAUAAACAGGGCUUUCUAAAUGAAGAAAAUCUAAAAUCGAUAGUACCAAUCACUAAACUAAAAAGUAAAGCUCCUCACUGGACAAACAGGAUACUUCACGAAUACAAGAAUCUUAGCACCAGUGAAGGUGUAAGUAAAGAGAUGCAUCACCUUCAGCGCAUGUUCUUGCAGAAUUGCUGGGAAAUUCCUACUUACGGAGCAGCUUUUUUCACAGGACAGAUAUUCACCAAAGCAAGUUCAAGUAGCCAUAAAGUCAUCAAAGUGUAUGUAGGAGUAAAUGUAAAAGGGCUGCACCUCCUCAACAUGGAAACAAAGGCUUUACUCCUCAGCCUAAAGUAUGGUUGCUUUAUGUGGCAGCUGGGAGAUGGAGAUACAUGUUUUCAAAUCCACAGUCUGGAAAACAAAAUGAGCUUUAUUGUGCAUACCAAACAGGCAGGUCUCGUCGUAAAACUUUUGAUGAAAUUAAAUGGCCAGUUAAUGCCAAGUGAAAGAAAUGAAUGAUGGAAAUGAACAGUAGUUACAAAACAGCAUCUUAUGGCUAAGCAAAAACCAACUUAUUUCUCAACACAGCAGAAGACUUCCAUGUAUACGAAUUUUACCCAAUAGAAAAGUCCAUUUGUACAGUUUUUUAACUUUGUACAGAAGCUGCAUGGUUUAUUUUUUUAAAAAAACUAUACAACAUGUCUAUUCUUUUUAUAAAUAUUUUUGUGUUUUAUAUAUAAGCUAUUGUAG